AUGCCGCUCGAAGACUUUGUGAGACUUCUUGAAGUUUUUGAAGAAGAGGUUGAGAUCGUCUACCCCUUCAUUGACACGCGCGAGAUGAUUUCGAAAGCAGCGGAUAUCCGUGCGUACGUGGAAGCAAACACGGAUUAUAUGAUGCCUGGCGCCAUAACAGGCGGAAGUGUAGACAUCAAAGAUGUUAUACUUGCAAAAGUAGCUAUCGCCAUAAGCAUGGUGGUUGAGGCACAUGGAAAGAACCAAUCAAGCAGCAAGCUAGUUGAACCUGUCAAACACCUGAUCUACCAGCUUACGCUCGAUGCGGAGGCUGAUCUCAAAGUGAUUCAAAUUAUGGCUAUGAUUAUGAAGAGCUACUCGCAUGGAGAAACAUCGGCAUUGCAGCGCGAGCAUCUUUAG